AGUAAAAAAAACCCUGAAUGUCCCACAUGGCAAAAAAUGGCUGCGAAUGAGGAAAAACAACAGGGCCACCGAUCGGGCACGUACAAACAGAAAAACAAAGGGCAUAAACAUGGCAAGCACCGGACGAAAGGUGAAAUUGAGAGAGAAAACAAAGGGCGAGUGUCAGUGACGGCCCUGACUAAGAAACAGAGGAAGGAGCACAAGAGGAUGGACAGAAGGCACAAAGCCAGCCAGCUACGCAGGAACAAGAAAGACCUGGUGCUGACAGAGAAGCGGCGGCUUGGCAGCAGGGACGGUCCUCCUCAUUUGGUUGCUGUGGUGUCCCUCCACGCUGGAGUCGAUGCCGGCGCUGUUACCAAGAUGCUCUGUGAAGAGGGAGCUGGGGGCAUCGUCCACCAGCAGCAGUGCGUCAGUGGCAUCGGUGACAGUUUUGGCGUGUUUCUGCCUCGGUUCAAGCAAAGGUUCACCAUCCUAAGCCACAGCACAGCUGACAUGCACUCCCUGCUGGAUGUGGCAAAGAUUGCAGAUAGUCUUGUAUUUGUGUUGGACUCGACUGAAGGUUGGGACAGCUAUGGAGACUACUGCCUGUCCUGCCUCUUUGCCCAGGGCCUCCCCAGCCAUGCACUGGUGUGUCAAGGUGUGUCCGAUAUUCCCGUGAAGAAGAGAGUUGAGUCGAAGAGAGCUUUGUCAAAGAUCACAGAGGUCCGUUUCCCUGAUGCCCGUCUCUUCCCCCUGGAUUCAGAGCAGGAUGCCACUCUACUUCUUAGACACCUGGGCACACAGAGACAGAGAAAGCUUGGUUUCCGCUCCAGACGUUCCCAUCUUUUGGGUCAGCAUGUCACCUUUACACCCAACAUCCCUGCUGAGGGUACAACUGGUGGGAACACCGGCCUAGGUGCUCUCUGCGUCUCUGGGUAUGUCCGCGGGCGUCCUCUACAGGUUGACAGACUGGUGCACAUCAGUGGACAUGGAGACUUUCAGCUCAGUCAGAUUGAUGCACCGUCAGACCCUCUUCCCCUCAACUCAACGUCCAGACCAGCAAAGCUGAGCAAGGGAGGUGACAUUGACAUGCAGGAGGAAGGUGAAGACGGGGCUCCAGUGCGGGUGCUCAUGAAAGCAGACCCAUCCUGCAGGGAGAGUCUGCAGACUGAGGCUGAGGUGGACCCCAUGGACGGAGAGCAGACGUGGCCGACUGAAACCGAGCUGCUGGAAGCUGAAGAGGCCAGAAAGAACAAACGUGUAAUGAAGGUUCCCAAAGGAACAUCAGACUACCAGGCUGCGUGGAUUGUUGAUGAAGACGAGGAAGAGAAAGACGAGACGGAUGAAGAAAGCAGUGAGGAUGAUGAUGUUGAUGACAUGAUGGACGAAGCCAUGGAUGGGGAGGAUGACGAGAUAAACUCUCAGGACGCUGCUUCAUGUGGUUCAGAAGGGGAGGAGGAGGAGGAGGAGGAGGAGGAAGAGGAGGAGGUGUGCCCCUCAGAGCGAACUGGAGCAGAUCAGCGCUAUGAUGAACACAUUGAUGAGGCUGCAGAAGAAGAAGGCCUGAAACGCUACCGUGAGGCUCGAGCCAAUGAAAUGUUUCCAGAUGAGGUGGACACACCACUGGACUCAGCAGCGAGAAUCAGGUUCCAGCGCUAUAGAGGCCUAAAGAGUUUCCGGUCCUCGCCCUGGGACCCCAUGGAGAACCUGCCUCUCAACUACUCUCGCAUCUUCCAGUUCCAAAACUUUGAUCGCACUCGCCACCGCAUACUGGCCGAGGCUGCAGCUGAAGACGAGGGAGCGAUGGUGGGCUGGUAUGUUACGCUGCACAUCAUGGACGUGCCUUUUUCUGUGAUGGAGAGUGUCCAAUCAGGCAAACCUCUGGUGUUGGUGUCCCUCUUGCCCCAUGAACAGAAGAUGUCAGUGAUGCACGUCUUGGUGCGGAGGCACCCCAGCAACACAGAGCCGAUCAAAUCCAAAGAGGAGCUGGUGUUCCACUGUGGUUUUCGGAGGUUCAGGGCCUCUCCAAUUUUCUCUCAGCACACCUCAGCUGACAAGCAUAAGAUGGAACGCUUCCUCAGGCCCGAUGCCCCCACUGUGGUGUCGGUGUACGCGCCCAUCACGUUCUCCCCUGCAGGAGUCCUGCUUUUCAAACAAAAGGAUGAUGGGAUCCAGGACCUGGUGGCUACAGGCAGUGUGCUCAGCUGUGACCCUCGGCGUGUUGUGCUGAAGAGGAUUGUAGUGAGCGGACACCCGUUCAAAAUUAACAGGCGCUCUGCGGUUGUCCGUUACAUGUUCUUUAAUCGGGAUGACAUCAUGUGGUUUAAGCCAGUGGAGCUGCGGACAAAGUGGGGUCGGAGAGGUCACAUCAAAGAGGCUUUAGGAACACACGGUCACAUGAAGUGUGUGUUUGAUAAUCAGCUGCGCUCUCAAGACACUGUCAUGAUGAAUUUGUUCAAGAGAGUUUAUCCUCGCUGGACAUAUGACCCCUAUGUGCCCUUAUCUUUACCGUGGGUCAAGAGAGAGGUCACCGUGGUGUUGGACGACUCGGACAUGGAAUAGUGGAGGGACAACAUGAUAAUGCAAGAAAGACAAAUGACAUGUAUUAACAGAAAUAAUUAACAUCAGUGUGUAAUGUGUAUUAAAUAAACCUAUUUUGACCUUG